UGAAACUCACCCUAAAAACUAUCUUAACUCCUCUUGCUGGUUGGGGACUUUGUAGAGUGACUGUAGAAAGCAGAAACAAAGCCAAUAGGAGUAGUACGGUUUCUCACUUUCCCGUUUGAUAGGACAGAUCGCUUAAUGGUUUGUUAUAUGGUGCAGAUCAGAUUCGUGUAGUUCUAGCUUAAGUGGCUAUGCCUUUUUCCUUUUAGUCUCUCUCUCUCUCUCUCUCUCUCUCUCUCCUUUGCGUUCCUAAUAUAUACGUAAGUGUUCUCUUCCUCUCUGAAGUCUGAACUGUAACAAACAGCGAAAACCAGACCCAAAGGCGAAAUCCAUUACUAACAAUAUGGGUGGUGAUAAGGAUUCUCUCUCUGAGUUCCUUGCCGUUGCGGUUGAUGCAGCGAAGAAAGCAGGAGAGAUAAUUCGAAAAGGAUUUUACGAGACGAAGCUUGUCGAGCAUAAAGGCCAGGUGGAUUUGGUCACCGAAACAGAUAAGGCUUGCGAGGAUCUCGUAUUUAAUUAUAUUAAGCAGCAUUACCCGGAACAUAAGUUCAUUGGAGAAGAGACAACUGCUGCAUGUGGUACGACAGAACUGACUGAUCAUCCGACGUGGAUUGUUGACCCUCUUGAUGGGACAACUAACUUUGUUCAUGGGUUUCCCUUCGUUUGCGUGUCUAUCGGUCUUACAAUUGGAAAGGUUCCCACUGUUGGUGUUGUUUACAAUCCGAUAAUGGAUGAGCUUUUUACUGGAAUUCGUGGGAAAGGUGCUUUUCUGAACGGUAACCCUAUAAAAGUGUCAACACAAAGUGAACUGGUGAAGUCGCUCCUUGUAACAGAAGUUGGCACGAAGCGUGAUAAAUCAACAGUCAAUUUUGCUACAAACAGAAUUAAUAGCUUACUUUUCAAGGUACGAUCUCUUCGGAUGAGUGGUUCCUGUGCAUUGGAUCUUUGUGGAAUUGCCUGCGGAAGAGUUGACAUCUUUUAUGAGCUUGGAUUUGGGGGUCCUUGGGAUGUGGCAGGUGGAGCUGUAAUUGUUCAAGAAGCUGGAGGACUGGUUUUUGAUCCGUCUGGCAAUGAUUUCGACAUCACAUCUCAGAGAGUUGCAGCUUCAAACCCUCAUCUCAAGGAUGUCUUUGUUGAGGCGUUGAGAGAAGCUGAAACACAUCAACCAUCCGGAAAUUAGAGGUCUCCGGCCACUCAUAUUUUCAUUUGUAUCCGUUCUAAAACUUAUGGGGUAAAUUCCAUUCGAUAAUUUUCUCAAAUUGGCUCCUCCUUGGCUUCUGCAAUUGCCAAGCCAUGUGUUUCUUAUUCUUAUUUCCGAAUCAAUUGUAACACCAAUGAGAUGGUAUUGUGAGCCAUAUUAUUUUAGAUGAGCUUUCUAAAUAAGAGUUUGUUCUAGUUCGCACA